ACCACCGACCACCGUCGCCGCGCGAACAGUGUGCACGCGCGAUGUAUACCGUCCGAUCGUGUUUCGCCGCCGUCGUCCCGUUGCUCGCCGCCGCCGCCGUCGGCUGGUCGCCGUCGGCCGCCGACGCCGCGGUCUGUUGCGACGGCGGCGCGGCGGCGUCCUGCCGGAACGGGAACCGGACGUUCCACGCGGUCGAGGCGAUCGGCGUCGCGACGUGCGGCGACAACCGGACGGCCGUGCCGGUCCGGAAGUGCUGUCCGCCGGGCCGGCCGUACGACCCGGAAGCGCGGUUCUGCGGCGGGCCGGCGGACGGCGUCGAGUACCGGCAGCGGAUGGCGCGACGGCUGCUCGACGGCUUCCGGUCGGCGAUGGUGGUGGGCUACGAUUACGAGCCGCCAAAGUGCGACGCGGCGCACGUGCUGGUCGACGUGUCCGCCGCCGAGGUGUCCGGGCUGAUGGGCGGCGGCGCGGACCCGUCGGCCGUCGACUUGCCGUCGGGCUAUUGCUUCGACGUGACGCCGUCCGAUGAGCUGGUGGCCAGGACGUGCCGGCCGCGCGACCAGUACUGCCGGUACCGGGGCCGUUACGCGUGCGUCAACAGGUGUUGCAAGGGUGACCGGAUGAUCGUCGCCGACGGCGGGUGCACGAAGAGCGAGACGCCGUUCGAGUUGUCCGCCUACGAGACGGACGCGGACGGCCGGCCGGCCGGUCGGUCGAACGUCACGGUGCUGCCGUACUACGCGCGGCUCGCGUGCGCCAACCGGGACAUGGUGGACGGCGGGUUCGCGUUGACGGUGGACGGCCGCGUCUACCGGCGCGCCGACGGCCGCGGCGCCCUCUUGCCGGCCACCGAAUACUGCGUGGAGCAGUACGCCACAGCGGCCGCGGCCGUCGCCGUCACCGUGGAGGCGUUCGUGUGCGUGCCGGACGUCGGGCCGGCCACCGCGGCCGUGGACACGCGCGGCAGCUGGAAGUACUUCGUCGUCCUGGCCGGUUUCGUGCCGUCGGUCGUGUGCCUGGCCGUCACGCUGCUCGUGUACGCCACGCUGUCCGGUCUGCGCAACGUGCACGGCUACUACGUCAUGUGUUACGUCGCCUGCCUGCUAGUGGCGUUCGUCUGCCUGCUGACCGUCCAGUGGAAGCAGGACGCCAUCGACGGCCAUCCGUGCGUGUUGUUCGGUUAUUUUACAUUAUUUGCAUUUUUGACAACAUUUUGCUGGUUAAAUGUAAUAUGCUUCGAUAUUUACUGGAUGUUAAGGUACAACAAUUCAAUAAACAAAAAUUCAUCUAUAUCAAUACGUACCAUUAUAUACCAUAUUUACUGUUGGGGAUUAUCAAGUAUUUGUGUAUCUACUGGUUAUUUAUUUCAACAUUCACACCACGAAUCGCUACGGAAAUUCGCACCUGAUAUUGGAACUCGUAGUUGUUGGUUUUCUGACAGCACUAAUUACGGAGUUAUAGUUUUCUUCAUACUACCCGUAUCUGUUAUGUUGUCAGCCAAUUUAAUUUUGUUCGUGCUAACUGCUAUUCACUGUUCAAGAAUAAAAUCUGAACUCAAUAAAUUCAAACGAUCCGAUUCAAAAACACAACGAUUUCUUGUUGACAAAGAAAAAUUUGUAAUGAGCGUUAAACUAUUUCUGGUUAUGGGAAUUCCGUGGACAUUCGAGAUACUAUCUAAAAUCUUACAAAAUGAUUGGUUCAUAUGGCACAUUUUAGAUGAAAUUAACGCACUACAGGGCGUGAUGAUAUUUAUUAUAUUUGUGGCCAAACGCAAAGUAAUUACAAGCUUACGGAAAAAGUUUAGAGGUUCUAUGGAUCACAGUGAGUCGACAAAAAUGAAUACUAUCUCUGGGUCGUCACAAAGCGGCAGUGCUCAUAAAAGUUAUAACGAUUUCUAAAUGCAAUAUGUAUAAUACACAUAUUCAUAUUAUGAAAUAUUAACUGUUAACACUUUAAGCCUUCAAGCAAAGAAAAAUGAUUAUUUUCAUUUUGUAUUAUCAUUAUAAAAAUAAAAUAAUAAUUAAUAUUCAUAAAAUUCGAUUUAUCAGAUUUUUUACUUAAAUAAUUUACUUACAGUCUAAAUAAGUAGGUACAUAAUUAUUAUAUGUAUAUUUAAAAAAAAUCUUACCUAAUAAAAUAAAAAAAAAAAUGUUAAUUUUUUUAAUUAAUAGUUUUCUUGAUUCUAAAUGUUCACUUUUAUUCACUUCUAAUAUACUAUGAAAAAUAAUUUUUUAAAGAAAUUAAGUAUCAAGUUUUGUGCUACCUACAAUUUCAUAGAUGCAAUUACACAAAUUCAUACCAUUAUUCAUUCAUUAAUCAUGUAUAUUUGCUAUUAUCAUGCAUAAAUUAUGAGAUGCUGAGAUGCUUACUUUUUAUUAUUUUUAAUAACUAUUUUUUUUUUUAAUUUAUUGUAAUUUUUACACAAAUACAUUUUAAGUAUAAUAAUGUUGCUAUUUGUUACGUUUAUUAUUUGUAUCUGUAGUAAAAAUAAUAUUGUGAAUAUUAAAUGGUGUUAUUAAUAAUUAUUCAACUGCAAACUAAA